GGCGGCGGCCGCGGGGGCCCGGAGCUGAGAGGCGCUGCCGCUCGGACCGGCGCGGUUAUAUUUCACACUAUGUGCUGACUGUAUUUACAGAAGAUAUUUAAAAAACAAACAAACUUUUUUUUGAAAGAUUUUGAUUCCAGUGGAAUCUGUGCUUUAGAUUUUUGUGUUGUGAAUCGUAAUUACUUAAGCAAUGCCUGUACAAGCUCCGCAAUGGACGGAUUUCCUCUCCUGCCUUUGCACUCAGACAUUCGACGAAACGAUUCGAAAGCCUAUCAGCCUCGGCUGCGGCCACACUGUCUGCAAGAUGUGCCUGAACAAGCUUCACCGCAAGGCGUGCCUCGACCAGACCACUAUUAACACCGACAUAGAGCUCCUGCCUGUGAACUCGGCCUUGCUGCAGUUAGUGGGUGCUCAGGUCCCUGAGCAGCAACCCAUUACUUUGUGUAGUGGGGUAGAAGAUACAAAACAUUAUGAAGAAGCGAAGAAAUGUGUAGAGGAAUUAGCAUUAUAUUUGAAACCACUCAGCAGUGCAAGAGGAGUAGGUCUGAACAGCACCACUCAGAGUGUUCUGAGCCGCCCGAUGCAGAGGAAAUUGGUGACGUUAGUCCACUGCCAACUAGUGGAAGAAGAAGGUCGGAUUCGUGCCAUGAGGGCAGCUCGAUCUUUGGGUGAACGAACUGUCACAGAACUAAUCCUCCAGCACCAGAAUCCUCAACAACUUUCCUCAAAUCUUUGGGCAGCAGUCAGGGCCAGGGGCUGCCAGUUCCUUGGACCAGCAAUGCAGGAAGAAGCCCUGAAGCUGGUCCUGUUAGCCUUAGAAGAUGGAUCUGCUUUGUCUCGGAAAGUCUUAGUUCUAUUUGUGGUGCAAAGAUUGGAGCCACGAUUUCCUCAGGCCUCAAAAACCAGCAUUGGACAUGUUGUUCAGCUAUUGUACAGAGCCUCCUGUUUCAAGGUGACAAAACGUGAUGAAGAUUCCUCCUUAAUGCAAUUGAAGGAGGAGUUUAGGACAUAUGAAGCUCUUCGUCGGGAACAUGACUCCCAGAUAGUGCAGAUUGCCAUGGAGGCAGGCUUGCGCAUUGCCCCAGACCAGUGGUCUUCUCUUCUUUAUGGAGACCAGUCACACAAAUCUCACAUGCAGUCCAUUAUUGACAAGUUGCAGACCCCAGCCUCAUUUGCACAGAGUGUUCAGGAACUAACCAUUGCUCUUCAGAGGACUGGUGACCCUGCAAACCUGAACCGCCUGCGACCUCAUCUGGAGCUCUUAGCAAAUAUUGACCCGAGUCCAGAUGCUCCUCCUCCAACCUGGGAACAGCUAGAAAAUGGGUUGGUCGCUGUUCGUACAGUGGUACAUGGACUCGUUGAUUAUAUUCAGAAUCACAGCAAGAAAGGAACAGACCAGCAGCAGCCUCCUCAGCAUAGCAAGUAUAAAACUUACAUGUGUCGCGACAUGAAGCAGAGAGGAGGGUGCCCUCGGGGGGCCAGCUGCACAUUUGCACACUCCCAGGAUGAAUUGGAGAAAUUUCGUAAAAUGAACAAACGCCUGGUUCCCAGAAGACCCCUGAGUGCCUCCUUAGGCCAGCUCAAUGAAGUGGGCCUACCUUCAGCAGCUAUCCUUUCAGAAGAAGGGGCAGUGGACCUGCCCAGCAGAAAGCCUACUGCCCUUCCCAAUGGGAUUGUGUCAGCAGGGACCACAGUGACCCAGCUGAUCCCCCGAGGGACAGACUCCAGCUACGAUUCUGCUCUAAAGCCAGGGAAGAUUGACCACCUGAGCAGCAGUGCUCCUGGAUCCCCUCCUGACUUGCUGGAACCUGGACCCAAGAACAUUUCUGCCUUACCUGUAACUCCCCACCCUGUACCCCCUAGGGGACCGACAGAUCUGCCUUCCAUGCCAGUUACCAAACCUCUUCCCAUGGUACCACGAGCUUCCCAGCUCUACUCAGCACAGCAAGCAGAUGUAUUUUAUCAGGAUCCUCGAGGGGCUGCUCCACCUUUUGAGCCAGCACCUUAUCCACCAGGGAUGUACUAUACUCCAACCCCACCGUGUGUCUCCCGCUUUGUCCGACCUCCACCGUCUGCUCCUGAACCUGGUCCUGCGUACUUGGAUCAUUACCCACCCUACCUCCAGGAUCGCGUAGUAAAUUCUCAGUAUGGGACUCAGCCACAACAGUACCCACCCAUAUACCCACCUCAUUUUGAAGGACGACGUGUGUACCCUGCUCAGUCUUAUCCUCGAGAGGAGAUUUUCCAGGAAAGCCCAGUACCUAUUGAGAUUCCACCUGCAGCUGUAUCACCUUAUGUACCAGAGCCCAGAGAGAGAUACCAGCAAAUAGAGGGUUACUAUCCAGUGGGUCCACACCCAAGCCACAUAAGACCUCCAUAUAUCAGAGAGCCUUACAGCAGACUACCACCUCCCCCCCAGGCUCACCCUAGUCUAGAUGAGCUACAUCGACGACGGAAGGAAAUUAUGGCCCAACUAGAAGAGAGAAAAGUCAUCUCCCCACCUCCUUUUGCACCUUCACCAACCUUGCCCCACUCAUUCCAUCCAGAGGAAUAUUUGGAUGAUGACCUGAAAGUCGCUGGGAAAUACAAAGGGAAUGACUACAGCCAGUACUCCCCAUGGUCAUGUGACACCAUUGGCUCCUACAUUGGGACCAAAGAUGCAAAACCCAAAGACGCUGUUGCAGCUGGCACUGUGGAGAUGACGAAUGUGGACAGUAAAAGCGUGAGAGACCAGCGACUAGAGCUUCAGCGAAGGGUGGCAGAAACCAGUGAUGAUGACCUCAUUCCCUUUGGUGACCGGCCCACAGUAUCUCGGUUUGGCGCCAUAUCUAGAACGUCUAAGACCAUGUACCAGAGCUCUGGCCCAAUGCAGGCUCUGGCAGCUCAGGGGGCUUCCACCAAAUCAAUCAGCAUUUCUGAUUACAGUCCAUACGGAGCUCAUGGUGGCUGGGGAGGUUCUCCAUAUUCCCCUCACCAAACUAUGCCUUCUCAGGGACACUUCACUGAAAGGGAGAGAUUGUCCAUGUCAGAAGUGGCCACUCAUGGGAAGCCCUUACCGUCUGCUGAGAGAGAACAGCUGAGACUAGAGCUGCAACAUUUGAACCACCAAAUUAACCACCACACCCAGCUUCGAGGACUUGAGGCUGUUAGUAACAGGCUGCUGUUGCAGAGGGAGACAAGCACUCUGGCAGGCCAGCCCCCUCCCCAACCUCCACCACCCCUCACCAAGUGGCCAGGAAUGGUCUCAAGUGAGCAGUUGAGCUUGGAACUACACCAGGUGGAGCUGGAAAUUGGGAAGAGAACUCGGGAGCUGAGCAUGGAGAACCAAUCUUCUCUGGACAUGAAAAACAAAUUGGGUCCCAGUAAGCAAGCAGAAAAUGGACAAGCAGAACCACAAAACAAAGUUCCAACUGAGGACCUUGCGUUGACAUUCAGCAGCGAGGUGCCGAAUGGAUCAACCUUAUCACAAGAGAACAUCAGCCUCCUGUCAAACAAGACCUCUUCUCUGACCCUGGCUGAGGAUCCUGAGGGAGGAGGAGAUAACAAUGACUCUCAGAGGACAGGAGUCACACCCAGCUCUGCUCCCUAACAUGAGAGAAGAGCUACUUUCUUCUUUUCUCAUUCAGUUUGUGGAGUAGAAGGGCGGGAGUGGUGUUCUUAACUUCCAGACCUUCUGUUUGAAGGGUAGCCAGAAAAACCCAGAAACAGCAGCAGGUUCGGAGACAAUGUGCACAAACACCACUACUGAAAACCUGCACAUAGUUCAGAUUAAUGCGUUUUUUAAUUAAAAAAAAAAUGAAAAUUAGCAGUAUCUGCAAGCAAUUCAGAUUAAAUUUGUUUUUGUUCUGUGAAUGAACUUUAUUUUAAUAACUUUGGACGCCUUGGAUCCAGGGCUUUAAAAAAAAGAAGAAGAAGAUAUUAUAUAUAUACUCUGUUUGAUUAAUUGUAUGAUCUUAAUGAAGUAGGUUUUUCUUUUAUUUUGGUAUUAUUACAUACCCAGUGUACACUUCUUACCCACAUCCUUCUCUGACUUGCCUCUCCCCUCUCUCUCCCCCCACACACACACACACACACACACACACACACACACGCACACUUCCCACAAACAAAAACCCAAACAAAAAAGCACCUGGACUCCUUGUGUGGAUUUAAAGGUGCUUCAGAGGCAAAAAAAAAUCAGCUACUGACUGUAAUGUCAGAAAAUGUGCAGUAAACUUUCAUCCUUUGCAAAGUGGGUUGUGAGUUUUAAUGGCUAAACACCUUGCCUUUUUGUAUCUGUAUUUCAGACCAUUUCAUGUAAGCAAGUCUUAGGGUUUUUAUCCCCAGAAGUGAUCUAUCAUUUGCAGAUUGAAUAGCCUUAUCAUUGCUAUUACCAGUACCAACUUUCUGAUAUUGUUUCACCUUCUCAAACACUUAGCGAAGUUAUGAUGAAAGUCAGUUAAUUGUAGCUUAGCACUGCAAGCACAGAAUAUGCUGACUUUUCUUUAGUGAACCAGAUUAGAGAUUCUUGUUGCAAAUAUUGAGAUAGUGCCUAGAGAUUUGGAGCUCCAUCAUUGGCUUCUGAACUCCAAUUGAAAUCAUGGUAUAUAGAAUGUAUUACUUCAUCUUAUCUGAAAGUGAAUUUAACAUUUACUUCCCCGUUACAUAUCUUGGCUGUUUGUUUUAUUUUUUCUUUAUGUGCUAAGAACACAGCACUGGAAACACUGAAAGGAUGAAAGAAAGCCAGCUGCCUGGCAUUUGGCUACACUCUGAAUGGCUAGUCAUCUGUUCUUCUGAUGAGUUAGCAGAAGGAAGUGGUUAGUACCUGAAAAUCAGGUUUAGUGGACCUUCACUGACCAUCAUUUUAAAAAUUACUCUUCACUUAGCCAUUGAAAGGAAUGAAGAAUUUUUCUUGCCAGGCACUUAAAAGAACAUUUAGUUGUCACUGCACAUAUUCUGAUAUUUUAUGUCUACCCUGCGUCGAAAGCCUCUAAAUCUGAUGUUCAAUGGGGAUCAAUUGAUGUAAGUCACUCUUCCUGCCUAUUACCCUUUCUUGGCCUGAUUGUUCUGUUUCCUUUUCUGUAUUAGACUACUAAAUCAGAAAGCACUGGUUAUGUAAUAAGUUACUGCAUUGCUUUGGUUGGGUAAAAGCAAGAGUUAAUAUUUUUCUUGUUUACUUUUUUUUCUUAACCCUUAACUCCUGCUAAGGUCAUAGCAACCUUGGGCUAAGCUUUUUGUCCAUCAUACUGUUAA